AUGACUUUGUCCGAUGCAGCAAAUACAGGUCGAUAUCGUCAAGGAUCAGCCCUACGUAGUUUUUUUCGAUUUCUUAAAUUUAUCUCUGUAUGUGUCGGUACGGCCUAUGUAUUUACAUCGAAAAUAUCGGCAAACAGCAACUGUGAACUUAUUCGUUUCUAUCUUGGCAUUGUAUGUUUUAGUAUGUGGGUUUUAAUUUUUAUUUGGCCACCAAAACCUUCACUUCCGAGGCGACGUUCAUUAAUGAUUGUAUCUCUUGUUUUUAUCUUCUCUAUUAUUUUCAAUAGCAUUUAUUUCGGUGUUGUGAUACGUUUUACGAUUAAAACAAAAAAUUCAGAAUGUGUUUAUACACGUAUUGAAGAUCUAUAUUUUCGCGCACCACUGAAAUUAUUUGCUUACGUUGGACUUAUUUUAGCUGUUUGCACUGUAGUUAAUAAUAGUCUUGCAGCCAUUCUCAAUCAACUUUAUUAUCGUCUAAUGAAUUUUCGAAGAUUUUUCAUCUAUGUAUCAGCUAUUCAUUAUGCCAUAUCUUAUUCUACAACCGUCGUUAUUGUGUACUAUUAUUCAGUUGGAGCUGUUCUUCUAUUUCGGCCUCGCUCAGGUGGAUCAUGCGCCGCAGUAGCUCCUGAUUUUUACAAAGUCCUUUGGAUAUGGCAUUUAAUUCUUGUCUUUCCACCACUUGCUAUCUGGCCUCUUACAUUUCUUGUUUGUUGUCUGAGUGUUGCAUUGGGAGCUUGUCUUCUAUACUGUUUUCCCGCAUCGAUUAUUGUGCCGCUUCUCGAAAUGCUUGGGGAAAGGUUAAUGGAUAUUUAUGGUGCAAACAAUCAAAAUACUCCAUCAUCACCAAAUACUAUUGAGGCCUUACCAAUGGUAGUUUUUGGAGAAGCAUCCAAUGAAUUCAAUCAAACUGAAUGUGUCAUUUGUAAAACGAAUUAUAAGGCCAAUGAAAAUGUGAAAAGAUUGCCGUGUGGCCAUUUCUUUCAUCAGAGUUGUGUAGCUCAUUGGCUUGCAAUUACACGUAUCUGUCCUGUUUGCCGUCACCGCAUUUCAUCAACGACUUUAUAG